AUGACCAGAGUCAUCAGUUCAGUUCAGUUUCUCAGAGAGUAAAGACGCAUCAAGACGCAAAUUUUCUCAGCCUUGUACCUUUCACACUUGAACUUUCAAGCUUCAACAGACUCAUAUCUGUCCGAACUUGUUCAAUAACAACUUGUUAUAUAUAACAUUUUGAGGAGAAUCUCCCAGAAAUCCCAGUGACAUCAGCUGCCACACCUGCUUUCCUCUCAGCUUUGAGCAGGUGUCACAUCCUGUGAUGGCUUCAACGAUGUCCUCCACUCCUCCCGCCCAGGGUGACCCGGCAGUCGUGGGAGGCUGGCUCUCUUCCAUUUCAUCCCACUACCGCGUGGAGUCUCUCCUGGGGAAGGGCUCCUACGGCACGGUUGCCAAGUGCACGAGGAUGCUGGACGGGAAGACUGUAGCCAUCAAAAUGAUGAAAAAUCGGGGCUCUUUAGUUGCGUCAGCGUGUGCAGAGGUGGCCGCCCUGUUAAAACUUCAAUCGCUGGACUCGGACAAAUGCAAUUUGGUCCAAUGGCACCAGGUUUUCACCUACAAAGAGUACAAUUGUCUCGAGUUUGAGCACCUGGAGAAAAGUCUUUAUGAUUUCAUGAUGGAGAGGUAUUACCAACCUCUCCUUCCUCAGGAGAUCAGACCUAUUGUGCAGCAGCUCGCCACCGCACUCCACCACUUGAAGGGUAUCGGCAUGAUACAUGGAGACCUCAAGAUGGAAAACGUGAUGCUGGUCAACCAUGUACGGGAGCCCUAUAGGGUCAAGUUGAUUGACUUCGGCCUGGCCUGUAAAACGUCAGACGCCCACCUGGGCUCGUACAUCCAGACCCGUCCGUUCAGGUCCCCAGAGAUUAUUUUGGGGCUCCCAUUCACCGAGGCCAUAGAUAUGUGGUCUCUCGGCUGCCUGGCGGCUACACUGAACCUCGGCACUCUGCUCUACCCCGGCCAGAGUGAAUAUGAUAUGAUGAGGUACAUAGUUGACACUCAGGGUCAGCCGCCAGACGAGCUGCUCAGCCUCGGAUUGAAGACUGGCUGGUUUUUCCAGAAAGACAAAAGCUCCACCACCAGUCUCUGGAAACUCAAGACGCCAGAACAGUUCAAGGCAGAGAUGGGGAUCCAGCCGAUGGAGAACAGGAGCAGGAAGUUGAGCAGUCUCUAUGACCUCCUGCAUAAGCCUGAAAAAUGUACAGAUGAAUCUGCAGAAUUAAAUGACGGGCUGACGUUUGUGGACUUGCUAAAUUGGAUGCUCGAGCUUGAUGCAGCCAAGAGGGUUACACCCCGUCAGGCUCUGGAGCAUCCGUUCAUCAGCAUGUGCAACAUGAAGCGUAACAGCUCCUAUGUAAGGUCCUGUUUUGAGAUCAUGGACCUCUGUCAGAAAAAGACUCCGGCUUCUGACUGUGGGAAAGCUGUGUGUGGGUCUGUGCAGCAGCCCUCCUCCGGGACCGCCCAGCAGAACCUCCCUCCUCCUUCUGCUGAGAAGAGCGGCCCGAGCCAGCCCCGCCGCAUCAACCAUCGUCCCUGCUCUGGUACCCAGGCCACGAGUACAGUGAAGGCAGGGAUGAAAAGAAAGGUCGAUGAUGAAGAUGGGACGAUGAGCGAAACCGCUCAUCCGUCCAAAAGGGUCAAGUCAUCGUGGCACAGACUAAACUGUGCAGAUCCGCCCACAUCCAGCAGCAGCCAGGAUUGUUGCACUUGCAUCCAGGCUAGCACAGUUGUGAGGACAACCCUGGCCCAGGCUCAUCCCUCCAAAAUGAGCCAGAACCAAAGUUACAAGCCAGGGGUCAAGAGGAAGGCUGACGAUGAAGACGUAGGGCAUCGCCACACGGACUCUGACCAUAAUAUAAGGUCAGAUGAUGGCCGGAAGAGGUUCCAGAGAAACCCUGCUGCGGGUCUAUCCACAUCCAGCAGCAGCAGCCGGACCCACAGACUCUUCUCACCAAGGGUUGAGAGGAGGACGGCCUAUGGUGAACGCCCUGACGGCCGUGAGAGGUCAGGUCAUGAGAGACAGGCGGUGAGAAAAAGCCUUGCAGUUCCAUCCGCCUGCGGACAUGAUACUGACCGAACUCUCCAUGUUCAACCUGAUCGGAGGAUGGACCUGUCUGAACACCGCCGCCGCCGCCGCCACCAUAACAGCGCACAUGCUUCAACCAGCGCCCAGACCGAGAGCCGGGUUCAGUCAGAACUGAAAAGAAGGGCAGCUCAUAAUGGAGAAGUGCUGCGUGGCAACAGAACCUCUGAUCUCAGGGCCAAUAAAGAGAGAAAGAGGUCUGUGGUGUGUUCAGAGGAGGACAGGAGGAGAAGAAAAUGUUUCAUCAGUGAGAGGAGGACAAGCGAGCAUUGGCAAUACUCUAGGGCUAAAGACGACCAUUGCUAUUCCAGUUCAGCUAGGCCGGGGUGACGCUUGUAGGCUUUUGCUGCUCCUCACACCAGCAAACCUCCCUUUUAAAUCUCUCUGUUUAUAAUAAAUAAUUGAAUGGAACCUUUCUGAUCCUAACGUGCACAAUUAUCACAAAAGAAAA